ACGAAGUGCAGCAUGGAUGAGUGGUUCUUUUAGGCCACCAUGCCAGUGUUUUACACCCCAAUUCCCCAGAAUCUCAGAGUGGGUCUGGUGCACGCCAGCAGUGCCAUAUUUAUCAACAACAGAACAAGAGAUUGUGGUUAUGGAGUUAACGAUCAAGUUUCCAGCAAGGUUUCAUCUCACCUGCCUCUACAGAUGCUUCUCUAUUUCAAUAUGUUCUUCUUUCCUUUCUGGUGGCUCUCCGAGAUUGUCAUGCUGGACUUAAAGUUCACGCUACUGGCUGGAUACUACCAGUGGCUAAUGGUGGGCGGGAUGGUAAUAAUUAGUGCACUCGAAGCUCUCCGGCUAUAUCUCGGCUACGUUGGGAACCUAAAAGAAAAGGUUCCAGAGCUUGCUGCUUUUUUGCUGAUCUCUCUAGCCUUCCAGAUGCCCAUCCUUCUCUUCUUCCUCACUGAUGAAGGUCUGAUAAUCCUCCCUCUGGAGCGAGCAGUGCACUCUCUGUAUCUGGCCUUCCUCCUCGGUGAGGUGAUGUCCUCAUUUGCAUCUCUGAAGGUCAUGACACGGAAACUGGCUCUGCAGUUCCACCUCAGGCAGUUUGGGUCUGUAGACACGUCCUCUGUGUUCGCUUGUGGGAACAGGAGUGUGUUACCGGUUAUUACAGACAAAGAAAUCCAUCCACAGUGAUUAGACAUACUGUAGGAGUUGUGUUUUAUUCGAACUGUAUAGGAACGUUGAAAAGCCGACAUAACCCAUUAUAACCUCUGUGACUGUAAACCGUAAUGUAUUUUUUUAGUGUUUAUACAUAUGAAUAUAAAUAUACAAGAAUAAGAACAUACAAGUAAAAAGUUCCUGGUUUAAACACUAUGUGUCAGUAUCACACAACCAGACCAGCCUCUAUUUCAUUCUUUCAGCUUUUUUAUAAAUGAUAUUGAAAUAAAACUUUUGGUCAUUAAUGCUACAGAGAUUCCGUGUUUACAUAAACAACAACAUCUGGAAUAUUUAGUGAAGGAAUAACACAAUAGAUGUAGAGCGUGUUGUCUGUUUUAAAACUUAUAAACUUUGUUGCAAUCUUUAUAAA